CCGGCAAGAUGGCGGCGCCCUUGGAGCUCAGGUGCUGGGGAGGCGGCUGGGGGCUCCCGUCGGUGCACAGCGAGUCCUUGGUGGUGAUGGCUUACGCCAAGUUUUCUGGUGCACCCCUGAAAGUCAAUGUCAUAGAUAACACCUGGAGAGGUUCAAGAGGAGAUGUACCAGUUUUGACAACUGAAGACAGUAUUGUUUCUCAGCCGGCAAAAAUACUAAACUUUUUAAGAAAACAGAAAUAUAAUGCCGAUUAUGAACUGUCAGCAAAACAAGGGGCAGAUACACUAGCUUACAUUGCUCUCCUCGAAGAGAAGCUUCUUCCUGCAGUGCUUCACACAUUCUGGGUUGAGAGUGACAAUUACUUUACUGUGACAAAGCCGUGGUUUGCUUCACGAAUGCCUUUUCCCUUGAGUUUGAUCCUGCCUGGAAGAAUGUCUAAGGGAGCACUGAAUAGGAUUCUCCUGACCAGGGGAGAGCCUCCCCUCUACCACCUCCGAGAUGUAGAAGCUCAGAUAUACAGAGAUGCCAAGGAGUGCCUAAAUCUUCUGUCAAACAGACUGGGAACAUCUCAGUUUUUCUUUGGAGAUACGCCUUCUACUUUGGAUGCCUAUGUGUUUGGUUUUCUCGCACCUCUUUAUAAAGUACGCUUUCCUAAAGUUCAGUUACAAGAACAUUUGAAACAGCUCUCCAACCUGUGUCGCUUUUGUGAUGACAUCCUAAACAGUUAUUUUAGGCUUAGUCUUGGAGGCAUCUCUCCUGCUGGACAAGAAACGGUAGAUGCAAAUCUGCAGAAACUCACACAACUUGUAAAUAAGGAAUCCAACUUGAUUGAAAAGAUGGAUGACAAUCUUCGCCAAAGCCCUCAGCUUCCUCCUCGGAAACUGCCAACACUUAAAUUGACUCCAGCAGAAGAAGAAAGUAAUUCCUCACAACGGCUGUCACCCUGACAGUCUUCAUGCUUUGUGUCCAAAGUCAUGUAAUUGUUGCAGUAAUCUCUUACACUAAGUGUGUGAAGGCAAAAAGAAAAUUCAUGAAUAGGUAUAAGGAAGACUCUAAAACGAAACUUUCUAUGACAGCAAUUUUUUUUUUAGUUAGGAAGCUCGUGUUUUAGCUUGGCAAUGCACUUUAAGUAACAUCAAGGUAAAUGCUAAAUGAACUUGGGGAAAAAAGAAAACACGUUGUACUGUAAAUAAAAAACCUGCCUUAACCUUGGCAGAUUUUUGCCUUUGGUUCACAUGUUGCUGGCCCAAAGCGACACUUCUGUUCUGAAUGUGCACUGUUAGUUUAUCCAAGUUAAUUUAUUAAUUUAGUAUCCUUAUACCAGUCUAAAUAUCUAAUAUGUGGCUCUUUGGCUGAAGCCUUUUUUUCUUCUGUUUAGAAAUCUGAUGCCUAUUUUAGAUGUUAGGAAAAAUAUAUUAUUCUAAUAUUCUGUUUACUUCAAUAGAAAAGCCUGUAUUUAACUUUAAAAAGCAAUGAGGAAUGUGUUUUUAAAUUAUGCUCUCAUAAGUCUAAUCUUUGGGGGAGUUACUACCAUACAUAUAAAUAUUAAAGAUGGUUACAUAUAAUAUUUGUCUGACUAUAUGCACUUCAAUAUAACAGUAUUUGCUCAUGUGUUCAAUACAGGUUAGCAAGGGCUGUUUUAAUUUAUUGGAGCUUUAGACCUGUGUAUUCGUAGUACAUCUUUAACUCUAGUCAUCUCUUUCUUGGGUUGAUUUCGGGAGAGCUGAACGUGUUAGCAUCGUUAUUAUGCCAGGCUGUAAAGUCUAACUGACACUUGCCCGGUUGUUAGACACUACUCAGGAGGAGCUUACUGCCAGAGAACUAGAAGUACCUACUGUGCACCUGGUCCAGGUUCACCAUGCUUGGCUCAGACCAGUGUUCUUCCUAAGAAACAUAUCAUGUAGUCAAAACCUUUAUGACAACUAAUUAUUUUCCAUAGAGUUAACUACAGUUGAAGGAUUCAAUGGAGUAAUCGGAAAUAGCAGAUUUUAAAGAACAUUUUCUAUUUAUUGGUUGCUGAACUGUUCAAAGAUUUCCUGUGCGGGUAAUUUUACUUACAAUAGAAUCUUGCUUAUUUUAGUGGCUGAGGUGCUUCUGCUGUCCUAAAACUACUUCUGGGGUUUUUAAAAUGUAGGACCAUGUUUUUGAUUAGUGUCUUAAAAGAUUACUAUGGUGCUGAGAAAAUCUUGUCACAUCCUGCAGAAACCCCCAGGUUAGGAAAACAGUUUUGGACUCAAGAGACUUGUCUAAUUUGAGCUGAGUGGAACUCAGCUGUGUUUGACCUGUAUCCUCUCCAUUUGUUCUGUAUUUAGGUAGCUAUUUAUACAGAAGUCUUUAUGUCAUUGUAAAUAUUUUUUCUUGAAAGUUUUAAUGAGAAACAGGGUAGUCUUCAAAGUCUUGUUCAUCUGUUUGGACGCAUUGAGAGAAAGAAACUAAUGAGUUUCACAUUACUUCUGCAACAGGUGGGAGAGAGUGUGUGUGUGUGUGUGUGUGUGUGUUAUGCGUUAGUCUUCUGUUAGAGUCCAGCAGUCGGAAAUCUGUUUGAAUAUUCUGUGUUGGAAAUCAUGACCAUAGGACUUUAUUGUCCUCUAGGAUUGAUGUUUAUUGGAGAUGGGUGGUUAGCACAUUAAUCAUCUGCUUAUGCUUUAGUCAGGGUUAGUCAUUUUCGAUUAUGAUUUCUACUAAAACUUUCAAAAAGUAUUUGAAGUGACUUACAAUUGUCAAAUAUGUAAAACAGGACAAUUAAAAUUAGUUUUUGGCAAAAUAAAAAAUUUGUAGGAGAAAGAACUAUAUUAACCCUAACAGAUUCUAAAAUUGAAUGGUAAAUUUAACUCCAGAUUUCUCCAUGAGCAAAGUCAAAGGAUAAUACUGGGUUAUGUAAAGUUUUCUGUCAGUAAGGUUACUACUGUCCAUGAGUAAGCAAAAUGUAUUUACAUUUUUAUAAGAAUGUGUAAUAUCGUAUUCUUACGACACAAAGAUGCAGCCAGUAAGCAUACUGUUUGUUGAAAGUUUAAUAAAAAAAUAUCAUUCUAGAAUAACAAGUAUCCUUUUUUAGUAGAAAGACGACUGUAAAUAUGAUUUAUUUCCUUUUGGUCAUUCCUGCUUUGAACUGCCUUUAGCUGUAUGCUAUAUAGGCCAUGAUGCUUCCAGACUAUCUUUCCUAAGAUGCAAAAUAUGAUUUAGAUAAGUGAGAAUUUAUAUGCUGGGUUACUUAGUUGAGGUUUUUGGUAUAAGCUAAUGAGAUGCUAGGAAGCUAUCACUGAACACAAACCACUCCAGGGAUCAGCCACACAUAUAGGAAGCUUUUGGAAAGGAAUAACUGGGCAGAGAGCUUUUGAGCAACCUGUCAGGAUAUGCUUUGGAUAAAGUUUGAGUUCGCUGAGAUAAAUGGUCCACAGUCUUAAAAUACUGUGAGCCACUUUCUUUUGGAAGUGAUGGUGGAGGAUAAUAUGAUAAAAGGGACUAUGUUUGUGUUUAUGUUUCUUGGUAGUAUAGGAUGAGAAAAUUGGUCAGAUAAUUCCCAUAAGAUAAAGAUCGUUCGUCAACAAACUGUCAUCAGUUAUCCAUAAGACUGGCCAUUCCCCUAAGACCAAAGAAACUGAAAAAGACCUUUAAGGACAGUCAUUCCUACACAGUGUUUUUCCCCCUAAAAGGUUGGCACUGACAAACGAAUUAAAUUUCAACCUAGACAUGUUUGUUUUAUUUUUUGAGGGCUAGAGGAUUAGAGAUUUUAUGUUAAAUCUGAAGCAUUUUGAUUUCCAUUUGUAAUUUCUGUUCAUUUAAUGUGGCUAGAUAUAUUAACUUAAAGGAAUGGGUAAGCUUAUUUCAAUCAGAGCUAAGUUACAAUUUUCAGAAGUCUGCAAAAAUGGAAGAAAACUAGACAUCAAAAGAGGCAGAAAUUGGUAACAGUAUCUCAGAAAACCAAUUUUUAAAGGUAGUAUCAUGUGAUAAAAGUGGUAUUUGAAGUCAGUAAUAUGUUUUCUUAGAGCCUCUUCCAGGAAUAGACAUUUACCAUGUUAUUAGAUUUUUCUUAAACUGUUUACUUUUUCAUAAACUGUCAAAAAUUGUAUCCCUCUGAAACCAAAAUAUAAAUGCUUAAAAUGUAAAGACAGGAAGCUGAGGGAUGGUUACAUAGGAUCUCUGUGUACUAUUUUUGCAACUUCUUUUUGUGAGUCUAUAAUUAUUUCAAAAUAAAAGGGUUUUAAAAAUAAAUUCAAUAAGUUUAUCAUUAUCUAAACUAUGAUUUAAAAUUUAAUGCUUUAAACAUAGUAUUCAGUUCCAGAUUAAUAAAUGCAUAAUAUAAUUAAUUUAUUUCAUUCUUGAGUUUAAAGAAAAAAAAACUCAGGUUUAUAACAAAUGAUAAUCUACAGAUCUGUUUUGCCUUAUCAGCAAAGAUAAAACAAGAACCCCUAAAACUAAGAACCCCUUUUCCCUAGGAGAUUAAAAAUUCUACGGUUUUAUGUUUGUAAUUGUAUCUUUUUUCCCUAUCGUAUGGUAUCCUUUUAUGAGGAUAAAAUAUUUUGGAAAAAACUCCUCCAUGUCUCUGUGUGGUGAUCCUUCUUUGUUUUGCAAGUGUUCUCUAACUACACUAGGGAUGAACAAAAUGCAGUGUGUCUGUGUGCUUUUUGUUUUUUAAGUUCACAGGGAUUUAGUGAUUGACUUUGUCUUGGUUUAAUUAUUUAUAUAAUUGAAAUCCUGAGCAGAGCCACAUAUAUUUGGGUUGUAAUGACGGUCUUUUGUAUAUGUUGUUGGCAUUUAGAAUUAUCUUUUGCCUUUUUUCUUGUUCAGCUCUGUGGAACUUACAUUUACUUUUCAAUGUUUUCAUAUUUCCUAAGAAAUUACUAGAUUUUUAAGAAAUUCGUUGUUAAUUACAUGAACCAAAGGUCAGUAAUCCUAGUCUCAAAGGUUUAACUGAAGUUUCAUUAGAUCUUCAAAAUGUUGAUUUUCAUAGAGAUGUAAAGAUGGAGUGCUUUGCUUUUUUUUUUUUUUUUUUUAAGGGUUUUUAAAAUUAUUUAGCUCCAAACUCUUGUUGGGAUAUAAUGUUUGCUAGAAGCCCAGGUUACCUCCCCUAGACUUAAAAUUAUUGUGAUUGAGGUGCAGAGGUAUCCUCGGAAUCAAAAAGCAUGCAAAAAUCAUUUGUUCCAGAUGAGGAGGCCAGUGAUUACUGAUGAGAAUGAACGUUCUUGAACAAUGAUAGAAGAAAGGGUAGCUUUGAGUUGGAUGUUUGUAAACAGAGAGUGGAAUGUUAUGAUAAAAGACUAUUCAGAGCAAAACAAAGUAGUUCCUUUAAAAAAAUGCAGGAAAAUAAGUCUUUAUAUCCUCAUUAUUAUUAAUUUGAAAUUAUAUUGUAAGAUAGUUUUAAACUAUAAUUCAGUUCUUUGGAGAAGCAUUUCAAGAUAUAUUUUGGCAGAAUAUAUUGUUAUUAUACGAAUAGUGGGUUCUUUGGCUAAAUAGGGAAAUGCUGGGUUAGACAAAGUUAAGUUACUGUAGGCUUCUCAGCACCUUACAUAUGCUGUUGGUGGUUUCAGACUCCAAGAAGGGCCUGUAUUUUAUACACUAUUUUCCUAAUUUAUUUUUAUGUGGAUUUUUUUUUUUAAGUAGGUGUCAUGUGGGAUGUGUUCUGAGAAAUACAGUUAGGGAAAUGCUGCCCUAAGAGUGCUUCUGCUUGUUUGUACUCAUUGCAGAGGUUUCCAGUUGUUGGCUGCCCUUCUAGUGAGUGGUGAUAAAAUGGAAGCGACAGGUUAGGGCUCCCUGGGACCAUGGAGUUGACUGAGGAUUGGCUGUGGGUUUACAUAGUUUGGUUAUUUAGGCACAUGUGAGGCCCUUGGUCAGUCCAGCUGCUUCCCUAGAAUCCCAUUUGGCUUGGAACAGCUGUACAAGAGUGUGAACUGGUGGUUUCAGAGAACUAACCACUUGUUAGGCAUCUAUGAGACAGAGGGAACCAACUUGGAAUUCCAUUCCAAACUGUUUUUGGCUGUGCUUUAAAAGUACCAGAAAGGCAGUGAGUAUUUAUAGCAUUAAAGUCACAUACAAGCUAGUUAUUUUAUAUAUAUAUAUAUAUAUAUAUAUAUAUAUAUAUAUAUAUAUAUAUAUGCAUGCACAUGCAUACACACAUAGUGUCUUAGAAAGUGUACAGUUCCUUCCGUGACAAAAGCAAGGAAAGUUUAAUAUUUUCAACUUCUAUUACUGAAGACAUGGUCUAAAAAAGGAUUGUAUGUUUGUGUAUGCAUUUUCUAGGAUGAGGGUUUACAGUUUUUAUUAAAUUCUCAGCAAGUUUCUGUAUCCCCCCAAGUUUAAGCCUCACUAGACCUUCUAAUUUCAGAGGACUAAGUAUAUCUGAUUUCAUUUCAAAGUAUAAAACCAGUUCACUCAUCAGGUGUAAGGAUGCUCUUUGUUUUCUGCAGUGUAUAUGGUUGCAUAUUUGGAACUGCGUGCUUUGGAUGUGUAUUGGUUGGAAAGCUUGCCUUUGGGUUUGAGUUGUGGUGUGGUGAACAUCUGGCCAUGUGCAAAGCAGUUGGAUCUUUGUUCUGAUUCUUUAGGUCUUCUCAUGCAAAUUCAGAGAAAUGCCUUCUAAUCAUUGAGUUUACAUGUCCCAGAUCCCUGGAUGUCUAGAAACAGUGGCUUGCCAGAGUUUGCGUCAGUCCUGAGGGAGUCACGCACUAUAGAGGAGGCUGUGUUCGCUAUUUGUUCUUUGACCUGUUGGCUGCCUCUCUUGCAGUGCUGGCGUCUUAUUUCUUGGAGAAGGACGGGUGUACUCAAGCUUUUAUGUUAACUGCAUAAAGAUGAGCUUUAUUCUUCUUCUGACUUGAUGUUUUAUUUUGUAAAAUAGGAAAUAAUGUCUUUCCAUUUUUCUGUUCAUCCCAAAGUGGAAAUUUGAGGUGUUUGUAAUAUAACUUUAGUUUUCUGGAAGACUGAUAGCAAAGAAGACAAGUAAGAAAUUUAUGUAUACUCAUAUUGGUUUUGUUCCACCAAGCUUAUCUUCAAAUGGUAUACAUUUGAAACAUCUGUUCUAGUGUAUAAACACUGUAGUUUUGUUAUGAAGUAAACAAUCUUAAAAUAAGCAUUGUUGGUCAUAAUUUCAACAUUCUAGCCUUGCCUUGUGUGAAUAUAUUUUACUCAGAGAUUGUGUAUAAAUACCCAGAAGUGGUGAUGAUGAUCAAUGUUGUAAAGAAUUUAUUCUGAUAAAUGAGAAACUGGAUAUAAUGUCAAAAUAGCUAUUUUCACAAUAAAAUCUCAAGUUGCUCGAAUGUUUAUUAA